CCUCGGUCGGCACCUGCUGGAAAGAUGUUUUCAUCAGUAUGGUGAAAAGAGUUUUCUCAAUGUAGUUCAGCCACGGGGAAGAUGACAACGUGCAGUACUACGGGGCAGGGGCUCCUUGGUUGGUAAAAGCAUUGAAAAACUGCUGUUUCCUUCAACUUUGUAACGCCGCUGAUGGCGCGUACGUGCGGGCUUUGCGUCGGAAUAUGCGUGCCUGGGUUGGUGACAGCGAUGCUGACAGCAUCAGGCUACUCAACCCGGACUCUAACGAUUUGAAAGGAGAUAAACAGGCAGCGCAUCCACUGCCAAUGACAUUAUGGGCACCCUCAACCCAUCUCGUACACCAUCUUUUAGCAGAUUCCUUCUCGGGGGAACAAGCUAACAGAUGUUCUAAAACUUGUGUUGCUGAUACCUCUAAUGACAUCUGAGGAAGCCCUUCGUUGUGUGGAGAGCCUUGGCAAGUGUGCAGCAGAUGACCCUGUUAUGCAGGCCGGUGCAGUCGUCGUCGCAUGUCUAGCAAAGCUGGAACUACGAGAGAUGUUGCGACAGCUUGAUGAAACGGAAAAGCACUUAGCGUUCCCAUUCGACAGCAAUGUUCCCGCUCCCGGUCCCGGGACGCCCUCCUCGAUCGAGCGAGGAGUUAGCACAAGGCGGACGUUUGAAGCGGAAAGGAAGCAGAUCUUCUCGGAGUUGAAGCAAAAACUCGCAGACUGUAAAGAAUUACGAGAAGACAUCUUCGAGAAUGGGAAGUUCACGCGUUUUCAUAGACAGCUUCCCCAUAUCGUUAUGCCAUACAUCAGCUCCUAUUUGAUGUUAUGACUCCUCUAGCAGGUGCGCGUGUGCUUGAUGUAGUACAUGGAUUCUGAAUGACGAGGACUGUUCUUGGGGCACAUGAUGCGUGCUGAGGAGAAGUAGCUCCACACGCGGGGCAACUACGGUUUAGAUGACCGAAGAGUGAAACCAGCAGUAACUAGCGGAUGUAGGACAACUACAUAAUCUAGUAUAUCUCGUAGCUAAAUUGCUCUAAGUCUUGUAGGAUUUUCGGAACCGAAGUAG